GGAAGAUUAAAACUAAGAAAAGCAUGACAGCUGAUGUUGGCAAGUCACCCAAUUUCUCCCGUUUCAAAUCCCUCAUUCGUGAUUUAAAUGCAUUAUUUAUAUUAUUGUAUAGUGAAUUAAUGAUGGUCUUCUUCUUCUUUACUCUUUUUUAUGGCAUGCACGGUUUGUGCGUUUUUAAAGGCGGUCAGCAGCCAGCUGAAAAUGUUUAAUUUUUAAAACUUAUGCUAGUUUUAAUAGGGAAGAUGGUGAAGAUUUCAAUGAAAAUCAGAAGCAAUUAUUAUUUUUGAAAUUACCCACUCUCGCCGGAGUGGGAUGGGGCUAAAACGGUCUUUGGUUUAAUUUUAAGGAAAAAAUAAUAAGCCCGAUUGGAAACGCCCCAUUUCGCUAUAGAUUUACCGUAUUCCGAAAAUAGAUCUGGCAGCACUGACAAACUUUGACAAUGACAUUGUGAUAAUCUAAUUGUCAUUUGUCAGGAAUGAAUGGGUACUUUUACUGUACACUUUCUUAGAUAUUUUUAUAAAAAUAGGUUUCGAAUGAAAAUAAGUUUUAAUUUCUAAAAUAACUAAUGAAACGUCAACAUUAUUUAAUUUGAUAAAUGUAAAAUUAGUUCAUGAAAUAUAUAAUUUCUUGAAAUUUUAUUUCAUAAUUUUUAUCAAUAGUUCGAAAUAGAGCUCACUUUAAAAAACUUACAGAUAAAACACUAAACUGAUAGCAAAGUUUAGCAAAUUUUAAAUUUUGAAGAUUUGAUUUUGUAGUAGUUGCGUAGAGAAGACGUGCUCAUCUUAAUAAUGUUUACCAUAAUAGUUUUAAUUCUUACAUUUGUAAAUAAUGUUUAUAGUACAGAAAGUUUAUAUAACUUCAUGGAAGGAGAUAAUAAGACCUUUGUGUAUAAUAGGUAUAAAUAUGAUGAAUGGAUCCAAAUCACAAUGAACAAGACUACUGAACAAUACCUUGAUUUCUAUGAGGACUCUGACAUUUGGUACGGGUACCCCACGAGGGUGCAUGUGUCGUCAAAUGGAAGCGUCACGCCUGAUCAUCCACUCUUCGUUUCCGCUGUCCAGCAGAAAGGUAUAUCCUCGUGGGAGCUGCCCCUGGUGGUGACCACCAAGACUAGCGUGCUGACCUUCGAUGAGCUCUCGAGGACUCUGUGUCCGCACGACGCGGGACCCAACGUGACGUCGGUCAACCGGCCAUCGCUUCAGCUGAGCACAUCCAGCAAACAGAACGUCACCGCCAUCGUGAAGCUGCGGCGAGUCACAGAUUUCUUCGUGCAAGUCGACAAGGAAUUGAACCUGACAGUGAAGCCGAGCACGCCCAAAUACUACUACUUCUCGUUCGACAGCACACCCGCUAACAUCUCUGUGCCGGGCGGGUGGAGGUACUUGCCUAGGUUCAACUACACCAUCCCCAAGAGCGUGAUCCUGAUCAUAGAGUCAGACGACCAGAUAUGCGCAACAAUCUCCAUACAGAACAACUCGUGUCCAGUGUUCGACAACGAAGAGGAUGUGCUGUACCAGGGGUACCAUCUCACCAUGACCACUAAAGGAGGCAUCACCCUCACGCAAUCCAUGUUCCCGCACGGGUUCUACAUAGUGUUCAUAGUUCGCGAGAACGACGACGCCUGCACCGCCGGCUCCCCGGCGUCGGCCCCGCGGCCCGCGCUCAACGACAGGCUCAAGCGAUUCAGGUUCCGCAUAGUGGCCACGAUAUCGUACGCGGAGUAUUUGGUGGGAGCUCUGGUGACGCUGGCCCUCGCUGUGGCCAUCGUUGUGGUCGUCAUCGUUCUGCCCUACGUCACAAGAUCACGAGUGUCACCAAUAGAAGUAAUUGUGAAUGAUACAGAAGAGCCCACCACGUCUGCGAACCCGGGACCGCGCGGCGCAGUUACACGAAAACGAGUGGUAAUGCUGAAUGAUACAGAAGUGCCCACCACGGCUGCGAACCCGGGACUGAGCGGCGAUCUUUCGGACAACGAGGAAGCGCCGUUGUUGAGGCAAGAGGGAAGUGUACAAGCAGCCGGCUACGGCGCCGCGGUCUGUCGCCGACAGGGCAUCACUCAGGGCGGGGGGGGGCCGCGCCGCACCUGCAUGCUGCCGCCAUUGGACCAAAAACGGACACAAGAAGACACUCAUUCUCUGUCGUCCAUUCCGGAAUGGCAGGGGCUGACGAGACCACUAACUGUGGCCGACCUCAGUCGGGCCACGCCCGUCGCUCACUCGAGACGGACAGACAGGUACUUCUGGAGUUCUCUCACUGUGGCGGUCGUUUACGCUCUGCCAGUGGUCCAGCUGCUGAUCACUUACCAAAGGAUGGUCGUACAAACGGGUGACCAAGACGUGUGCUACUACAACUUCCUGUGUGCGCACCCGCUGGGGGUGCUGUCCGACUUCAACCACGUGCUGUCCAACGCGCCCUACGUCAUACUGGGGCUGGCCUUCAUGAUGCAAGUCAGUCGGACCGGACCCGACCAGGAGACUGGUAUCCGGCAGCAUCGCGGCGUGCAGUACUCGCUGGGGCUGGCGCUGGCCAUGGAGGGAGUGCUGUCGGCCUGCUACCACCUGUGCCCCAAUCACAUGAACUUCCAGUUUGACUCGUCGUUCAUGUACGUGCUGGCGGUGCUGUGCAUGGUGAAGCUGUACCAGUCCCGCCACGCCGACGUCAACGCGGGCGCUCACGCUACCUUCAUGGCCAUCGCCGCGCUCAUGGCUAUAGGUUUAUGCGGCAUACUAUACGCCAACGUAUACUUCUGGGCGGCGUUCACCGCCCUACACCUGACCACUUGUCUGUGGCUCACACUCAAGAUAUACUACGUGGGCCAGUUCACGAUCGAGCGCGGCGUGUUCCGCCGCGGCUGGUCGGCAGUCCGCGGCCACGGGUGGCGCGUGCUCGCUCCCUCUUACACCACUCGCGCCGUCCUGCUCGCACUCGCCAACCUGGCCAACUGGGCGCUGGCUAUAUACGGUAUGUACGAGCACAACAAAGACUUCGCCCGCCACCUUCUCGCCAUCCUCAUGGGAAACGCGUUCCUUUACACGUGUUUUUAUGUCGUUAUGAAGCUGGUACACCACGAACGUAUUCCUUUCCACGCGGCCAUAUAUUUAAUAACUGCUAUAGGUAGUUGGACUACGGCUAUAGUAUACUUCCUGGACGCGAGGACCAAGUGGUCGGAAACCCCCGCCCAGUCUCGUCAGCACAACGCCCAGUGCUCGGUGCUGCAGUUCUACGACUCGCACGAUGUGUGGCACUUGGCGUCCGCGGCCGCCGUGUUCCUGUAUCUCAACGCGCUGCGGACUAUCGACGACUGUCUCGCUCAUACGCCGCGCAAUCUUAUACCCGUGUUCUGAAUGCUGAUGUAAAAGUUAAGAAAAUCACCUUUGUUUUGUUUUAUUUUCACCAAUUUAAAAAAAAACUUAUUGUGCGGCAAGAAUAUGAAUGUAGCGAAAAUUGCAACUAACGCCGCCAUCUUUGUAAACAUCUUAUUUUGUAUGUCAUUUACGUAGACAGUGGAAUUGUCACUAACGUUCGUAAAGAUCCUUUUCACACGGUAGGACUGUUUUUUUCUUGCGUUGCGUCGUGUGUGUUGCCAAUAGUUUAAAGUUCCUUUAUAAUUUUGAAUUAUGUACUCUUGUAAAAAACACCGUUUUUUUCAUGUCUAUUUGCAACGCUUUUUUUCACUAUACUUACUUCAUCUCUAGUUCUAAACUAACAUGACACAUUCUAAAUAUAAUAAGAACUGUAAAUAUUGCAUACCCAUAAUAAGUAGGAUACAGCAGGACCUCUUUAUCUGAACUCUGAAAAUUUACCCCCCCGUUCAAAUAUAUAGGGUAUUUUGUAUUGAAAUUAAAUUAGUACCUGCUAUUGUGAGAUUUCGAAUGUAUACUAAUCUAUAACCAUCAAAUUUAUUUAACUUUUUUACAGAAAUCCAAUAUUUAUAGUUUGGUGAGAGGUAUUUUAUAAAAAUUAAAAGAUUUCUCUCGCAAUUAACGUAAAAGUAUUUUUCGGGAAUGGAAUGUGGCGGGUGUGGGCGAAUUACAGAGGAUUGGAUUAGAAGGGGUUCGGACUAUAGAGGUUGUUUCUUAAAAUAAUUAUCAGUAGUUCCUUUUUGAAAGCCCGAUCAUUGGUCUUAACACUAGUCCGAUUGUUAUCAAUGUUCAAUAUAACAUUAAGGUUUUCCAAAAUAUAUUGUGUAUUAAGAAAUAAAACCAAACGAGAAACGGUUGAGCGUAAUUGUAAUAAAAUAUGUAGUUUAAUCCUUACGGUAGGAAAACUGCUCAAAUUCAUCAUCAUAACUUGAAGAACUUUUACUAAAAUCAUUGUUGCUAAUUAAAUGAAAUACGCAAUAGGGCUUACAGUGGAAAGUGGGUUAAAAAUACAUAUAUUUCCACGUUGGCAUAGGUUGUAGACUUUGAAAAUAGUGUACCGUGUUUUAGGUACAGCAACAACAGAUAAUGUUGUUUAAAACUUAUAGUUUUGUUUCUAGAAAAAAUGUAUCAGACUGGAUCAAAUCUAGAAUUUUAAUUAAAUAUAAUAAACAUGCCAAAAUACUUACUUUCAUACAACUGAUUUCGAGUCUUUUCUUGAUUUUUGAUAAAGGAUUUAUUUAAGAUGUAAUAAAAAUAUUAAAUCUUUAUAUAUUUGAUUUAUAGUAGACUGUACGGAUUAUACGCAUGAACUUUGAAAAAUAAAUGUGAACACUCGUGCUUUGACUAAAGUAUUACCCGUAUUUUAGGCAGUUUUCCCCAAGAUCAACACUUUAGUUUUUGGCAAGUAAUUAGUAUGUUUAGCACCAAUUAUCGUAACUAUUUAAUUGCAUUAACUAUGUUAUCAUUUUUAGUUUGUAUGCUUAUGAUUAUUUAAUCAGGUAAAUGGUAGAAUUUGGACGCCAAAUGUCUAAUAAAUUCAUUUUGACCCAUACAUUAAAUUUUCUGAAUCUGCUGUUUCGAAAUCAAUUCGGAUUUAAAAUACAAAAAAUAUGAUUACAAACCAUUUCAUCUUAAUAAGGUUUAAAAUAUUAAUAGCACAAUUAAUCUAGUAUGGAAAUAGUAAUAAGCGGAAACUCAGACAAAUGUAACAAUGAGGAACCUAUUUUUAUGUUCCUACCGCAGCAAAACUUAUUGGUAAAUACGAUCAUUUAUUAUAUUUGUCGUCAGGCACUCCAAAGAAUAAUAUAAAAAUAUGUUUAUCUGUAUUCUUAAAUACUUAAAAUUCUAUUUGUAAGGUUAUUUUUAAACCCCGAAGAAACAUAAGGGGUGUUAUUUUUAAUUUAUAGAUAAGGCAUCAUAAAAAGACUUAAAGUGUCUGGUAUAUGUGAUAGUAAGUGUUUUGCAAUACAUAUUUGUUUAAUAUUAUGUAUUCAUAAGGACAUUACAUAUAUUUAAUGUGUAAUACUAAUUUAAAAGAAAUUAUUUACCGAAAGAAAAUAAAUUGUCAAAGGACAAUGGGCAAAACGCACCCAGCUCCGCCAACAAUGUAAUUAGUAUGAAUCGAUAGAUCUAUGAAAAACUAGCCUUUUUUAUUAUGACACCGUUAAAAACAUAUACUGGCAGUCAAAAGAUAUGACAAAUGGGCAUAUUUAAGUAGCUAAAUAAAUUCACUUUAUAUAGUAACCAUAAUAAUAUGCCAUAUCAUACUAUACAACCAGAUAUAGAUGACAAAGCCUGCCGACCAUCCUGCGCUUGCACUUACUGAACCAUCUCAAAACGGUCUACGGGGGUUGAAGGACUUGCAGUUGCAAAUUGUCGACUCGUCUUACUUCUUUGUGAUUGUGCCCUCUCCCGGUCACUUGAUUGAUUUUUAUCUGACACGAUUUGGACAUUGGAACACGAUUAUCGGU